AUGUCUAAAAGCAACCGUGUAUUCCAAUUCGAAGGCAACGACAAUGAUUACAUAGCCUUCCUUGAGAGUCGGCUUUCAGCUGCAUUAACCCAAGGAACUUGCCAGGCUUUUAUUGGCUCUGCGACUUCGUUAUGCGAUGCUUCUGUGACCAUAUCAUCGGAUCCUCAGCCGAGUACUUCUAUGACUUCAUUAGCGGACUCUCCGCACGGUACUUCAGCUAUAGCAUCAACAUCAACAUCAACAGCAGACUCUCAGCUUAGUACAACGGACUCUCGGCUCAGUGACUAUCCAAAUGGAUGUUCAGAGUUUCGGGCUUCUUGUCCAACCAGUCCUCAUUCGACCGGACGACCUCCUUUGUCUACUAGAGGUGAUCUCAAAAUUCUAUACUAUGACCCGAUUCAAAACCGCGACAGCGAUCUUCCCGGCAAUGCUCUCUCCAAGUUGCCAUCCUUUAAGCAAACAUCGGUCGUUGAAGUCCAAGGCAUGAAGGAGCUCAGAAAUUUCAUUGAGGACGUUACGAAGAAUGCUCGUUGGAUCAAGAAGAAGAAAGAGCUUGGAUUAUCUCGCCCAGAAGUCAAUCGAGAUAUCAUUGACGCGCUGUGUGGUCGACCGUUAACCUCAAACCUACGCGAUGAGUCAAAUUUAUACCCAAAUGAAGACCCCUCAGAACACAGCGCCUUGGUUAUGCGAGGGUGCGACUAUGGUGCGUUGACAAUGGAUAGAAAACUGCAAGGAAAGCUUCUCCUUCACAUCUUUAAAUACCAACAGCUCAUAUUUGUGUCCUUGUGUGUUGUCAUGCUUGAUAUUGGAACUCCCAUUGAUAGUGUGGACUGGAUGAUGCGCCGAUAUAUCAGUGAUAUAAGCUCAUCCAGUCUCCGGAGACUUCGAUAUGGAUGUAAAUGGGUAAAUCGUUGCAUGUCUAAGUUGUUGGACCGGGACUGGGGGUUUUCAAGUUGGGAAACUUUCCUCUUAUUUCCCCGGUCUCUCCAACAAUACGGAAGAUUUGCAUACACAAAAAACAGUUUCGAAACCUUCGUGGAAGAUAUGGGGACACCCGAUUCAGCACUUCCUUUCGCUGAGAAUGAACUCAGUCCGUACUGCCUUCCUUGUUUCGUUAAAGCGAUCGCCGGUAACGAUUUAAAGUAUAUUGACCUCAUGAAUAUUGGUGAAAAUGUGCUUAUUGAUACAGGCUAG